AUGAAUGUGAGCAGAGACAAGGUCGGUGACAUCUCCAUCCCGGCAGCGGCAGCCGCGGCCGUGACAGCCCCCGCAACCGCGGCGGGCAUCGGCGGGGAAUCGUGCGGCGUGCGCGGGGAAGGCAUGGACAGCCAUGGGGAGCAAAGGCUCUCGGCCGGCGGAGAGCUGCCGCUCUAUUCCUGCCCUGGGAAUAGGGACAGACAAGGGGACGGUCAGAGCAACACUCCCGGACAAGAGGGGGCAGUGGCCGCGCUGCCCAUAGUGCACAGAACCACCUCCUUCUCCGUGCUCGACAUCCUGGACCCUAACAAAUUCAACAGCAAAAGGAGGCAGUGCGCGGUCUUGUACAAAUCGGUGGGGACCGAAUUCACGCUGGGGGCGGAGGAUAAACCCGAGGACUCAGGGACGGAGCUGGCCGAGCCAAAAGCUCUCGCCGAAGAUUUCGACACGUGCAAGAAGUCCGCAGAGCUGAUCAAGGACGGCGAACUCUACAAGGCCGAGGAGUGCGACCUGGACUACAGCAGCCGGCCGAGCCGCAGCCCCGACAGCGAGCUGCAGGACGACGAGGAGCUGUGCAGCGAGGAGAGCAGCAGCAGCGGCAGCACCGGCAGCGGCUCGGCGGCUCCCGGCGAGGCCGACGCGGUCCCGCAGCACUCUGAGGCUCCCGAGGCGCAGCCGCCGCCGUCCCAGCAGCCCGGCGGAGGGCAGCAGCAGCCCAAGCCCAAGAGGAAGCGCACGGGCUCGGACUCCAAGUCGGGCAAACCCCGGCGGGCGCGGACAGCUUUCACCUACGAGCAGCUGGUGGCGCUGGAGAACAAGUUCAAGUCCACGCGGUACCUGUCGGUGUGCGAGCGCCUCAACCUGGCGCUCUCGCUCAGCCUCACCGAGACGCAGGUGAAGAUCUGGUUCCAGAACCGCCGCACCAAGUGGAAGAAGCAGAACCCGGGCGCAGACACCAGCGCGCCCACCGGCGGCGGCGGGGCGGGCGGCGGGGCGAGCGGGGCGCUGGGCGGAGGGGCGCUGCCGGGCGGCCUCAGUCCGCUCAGCCACUCGCCGCCCAUGGGCAACCCGCUCUCCAUGCACGGGCCCGGCAGCUACGCGGGUCACCCGGCCGGGGGUUUGGUGUGCGCCGCCCAGCUGCCCUUCCUGCCCAGUCCGGCCGUCCUCUCGCCCUUCGUGCUGGGCUCGCAGACUUACGGCGCUCCGGCUUUCUACACCCCCCACCUAUAA